GAUUUUGAUAGCAAAACUCGUGCUCGAAUUUUUAACUUUAACAUGCAUUUUUAAUUACUCCUUAUAAUUGGGCGGUUAUUAUACAAGUACAAAAAGAUUAUAUAAUUCAAUAAAAAUUCAAAACACACACGCACACACACCAUCAACCCAUGUCUCACUCAAUGGAGACUCAGACUCAAGAUUCAUCAGCUAUGGUUACGGGAAUGCAAAUCAGUGAGGGAAUGCAAAUCAGUGAGGGGCAGGUUGCCAUUACCAUUAGACAUGAGACAUCAUCUCCUUGCUCUACUGUGAAACAAGAAUUUCUCGUCUACUUUUUCUUCUUGUAUGUGAUGGCACUUCCGUUCAUGGAUCUACUAACAGUACUCAGGGUUCAAAUCAUAAACCAAAGUCAAUCUCCUUUUGAAGUUAAUGGUGUGUUUAUGAUCAUAGCUGUUGUUUCGUUAUCUGUGGUUACACUCACCACCCUGUUUAUGGUUUCUACAAGCUACUAUAUCCAAAUCACAUCAAUCAGGGAUAUCCAUUACUCGAUCCUUAAAGCUAUCAGCUGCUUCUUUGCAAUUCUUGCUCCUUUCUCUCUUGUGAUGGUGUUAAGUGUUCCGCGUAUCCACAACUGGAUUGGUUAUACACUGAUAUGUGUAUUCCUUGGAAUAAUAAUUGCAUUUUAUUUCAUCUUUGGAAGUACUAUAUCUCGUGCGGAGGCUGCUCUACUAGAGGGAAAUAAUAACCAUGAGUUUCCCAAGAUAUAUUACAAUGGACUUCUUGUACCCAUCUCCCUUGUGUUGGUCCUUUUCGUCCCCAAAAAUCUCAACUGGAUUGUAAUUGCAGUGACACAGUUGUUCUUUUGGAUCGCAAUGGUAUAUAUAUUCACUCGCCUUUGGCUACGUGUCUUCAUCAAAACAACUUUGAAGCAUCGUCAAGUGAAUCCAACAAUACAAGAGCAACAACCAUCUGUUCAUGUGGUUCUGUGAAGGGUAUAAUUCGUAGUGUUUGCUAUUUUGGACAUAAUCAAUGCUGACAACAACUUGUACAUCCAACAAUACUAUGGUUUGAGCUAGCUUUUGAUUCGGGUCAGAAACCUGAAGCUUUUUCUGGAGGUUCUUAAAACUGAAAACAUGCCUUGUAACACAUUGAGGGUUUUCUGUUUGAUCUUAGUACCACCUUGGUGUUUGAUA